GCGACGCGUGGUUUGCAAUUGUACGGGUAACCGUUGGCACUUUUGAAGUCUGGGGAUAGAAUACAACAUGAGUGCAUUUUUAAUAGACACGUUGUUAUCUCAAAGUGGAGACGUUUGUGACCUAAUUGAGAAAUUAUGCUGGGAAACACAGGGAAACUCCGUACCGGAGAAGGAGAACGUGGAAGUUUUAACUCAUGUGAUCAGAAGAAUAAGGUGCCAUCUAGCAGAGAAGAGUACCCAGGUUGGUUUGGUAUGCAAGACGACCCUUCAGACUAAACUGGAAGAUGUCGUGAAUAGCAGAUGUCUGCCCACAUUGAAAAAGCUGAGUGUUGAUAAGAGUCCAGCUGCGCGGGACAGUUCCUCCUUGAGGCGCAGUAUUUGCGAGCUGAUAGCCGGCUGCGCAGAGAUUUGUAGCCGGCAGUUGACAGAAACUCUUCUGUCCGCCAGUGUCUCCUCGUUACUUCUCUGUGCUGAAGACCAGAGUUUGGAGUCGAGUCCUAACCCUAGUGCUGGCUUUGAUUUUGAUAGUGCUGUGGACAUUCUGGCCAGCACAAUACCGCUGCUAAGCGCACAGCAGGAUAACUACGUUCGCGAUAUCAAGAAGGCAACGAUUGCGUGCAUCAAAACGUGCGGUGAGGCGGACUUCAGCAGAGUUGUGGUCAAGAUUCUCUUUCCCUUAUUAAACAACGGCGAGCUUAAUCGGUCAGAGGUGCUUGGACAGCUCUGGAGUGGCCUGGAAACCUGGCAAGCAAUAGAUGACUGCUCGUUGGUCAUCUCAAGGCUACUGCUGAUCCUGACCGCGCUUUCGGAUUACCUUCUUCCAAGCUCCAGCGAACAGUGGAGUUUAGCCGUGGAUUUAAGAAUGUCUGAGAGAUUCUGGGAGGUUAUUCAAGCGGGUGUCAUGCACCCUGACUGCGUAUCCCGCAAAAGAGCCUUAUAUUUACUGAAAAAAUCGGUGGCUCUCUCGGCUGAAUGGAAGAGCAGCUGCCAAAUCCUCCAGGCAGAAAGCAAAGGGAUUAACCUCUUUUGGUGGUCUCCUGAAAAAAAUAAGGUGCUUUUGCAGUUUUGGGAAGAUUAUAUUUUAAUCUUGGAAACACUGGAUGAAAACCAGAUUCAUGUUGUAAAGCCGGUUUUACAGAAAAUAGACCAAGUUAUUGAUGCAAUAAACGCUGACAACAAAGAUGGUCUGAACUUACACAUUUCCUGGCUUAUAUGCAUUUAUGCACGAAUGUUUGACAGUGAAAACAAAGCUGUGAUGAAAGAAGGUGUCUCCCAUCUUCUAAAUCUUGAUGCUGUGCAAAAUCCGCAGUUUUCCCAAGGGCUGGCUGAUUUUAUUGUUGGUCCAUUCUUGGUAGUUCUUUCAGAAACUACAUUGUUUCAAAGGUCUUCUGAACAAAUGAUUGGAUGUUGCCCUGAAAUUGGUGUAAAGUUAAAUAAGUUUUUUGUAAGACUAUUUUCAAGUUUGCCAGAAGACAGGAAAGGUGAAUAUUUGCUGAAGAUUGUCCACAAUCUGUCUAGUCGGAACUGGUGUGCUGUGCCCAUUUUAUUCAUUUUGCAAGCACUGGCACAAGUAAAAGACUGUAGAGUCCUUGGAGUGGAAGGUUUACAUGCCUUCAGAGAAGUUCUUCGUGGCACUAUGAUUACACAUCAAGUCUUAAUUAGAGGUGCAGCUCAGUGUUAUCUCCUACAAACUGCUUUAAAUUUGACAGAUGUGACUCUGAUUUCUCUUGAUGAUGUGGCAAACUUUAUAAUGCAUUUUAGAACAGAGGAAUCUUUACUGAGAGGAACUUUGUUAUGGAUUCGGCUAUGUGAUUGGCUAGCUGUUCAUGGUGCACAGUUAAAGCCCGUGGAAUGCAUUGAAAGUGGGGAUUCACAAAUGCCUGCACUAAGCCUGUAUGCAAAAUAUGCAGUGGAAAUGUAUAUGAGAGUUCCUCUAGGAGAUGGAAACCAGAUCUUUCUUCCAGAUUGGUUUGAAGCAGAACGUAUUGCUAAAAUGGUUAUUUUGGCUGUAGAUGUAGAAGAAAAAUGGAAACUGGAAAGUGAUGGAGAAAAAGCACUGGAAAAAACACUUGACCAUCUUUUACAUCCUCUUCUUGAAUGUCUCCAGAGACUUGGUACCAGUUUAUAUUUGCCUAUCCAGAAAAGUGACAAAAGUCUGCAGCUUCUUCUUAAACUAUUAUCUGUCUCCCACACAGGGAACCUCUUCCAACAGGAAGAUGAUGUAUUGCAAAUCCUGCAUGAACGUCUGCUUUUCAGUUCUGAAGAAAUAUUUCACUUCCUCUUACGAAGGCUGUCUGGUGAGCUCUGUUUGCUUUCAGAUUUACCACGUUGCACGCUAUACAUUUCUGCAGCAAGGGCACUUAUAAAUCUCUGCAUGAUGAGCCAUGGGCACAGGAAGUCUCAUGCCUUGAGUUUCUUUGCUGCUUUAACAAAAAUCUCAGUUCAGAACCUACUGGCAAGUGAUCACAAGCAGGAAUCACAGCUGUCAGCACAAAUACAAAAGAUGGUCAGUAUGUCUUCUCUGUCUUUAGUGUGUGAGUUGCUCCAUCAUAAUGUGGAUUUGCAGACUGAUCUCAAUGACAGUGUGAAUCAAAUUGUAACUUACAUUUCCUCCAUGGAGUUAAACACAACAUUAUUAAAACCUACUUGCUGUGAUGAAAAUCAAAGUUCUGAUGAAAAUAGAAGCUUCCAAGGCUGGGGCAAGGCAGCAGCACGAUACAUUCAUGAUCAGUGGGCCUGCUUGCAUUUUGUAUUAGAUGCAUACUGUAAAACCAGUGAGCCAAAGGAAACAGUGGGUCCUUUCAUGUCUGUUUUAGAUGGACCUUCAGCCACCAUGCUCUUGGCUAUUGAUGCUUUAAGUAUUUUGCCCUCAGAUCAGGUUCUGCCUGUACUUGCUUGCAUGAAAGUCCUUGCUCCCAAGAUCUUGGCUACAGAUGCCUUACUGUGUACUAAAUCUAUGAACCUUGCUUGGAAAGUCAUCCAGGACCUUAACAGCAAUCCUCAUGAUUUUUGGCCAGCCUUAGAAGCCUUUAUUCAGUUUGUAUUUGAUGUCCAUCUGCUUUGUGUUCCAUUUAAGAAUGAAAAUAUUAUUUGUAAUAAAAUUAAGCAGAUUGCAUUGCAGUUAACUGAUAUGUCACAAACAAAAACAGGAGUCUUCAAUGUAUUGAUAAAACACUGUAGUCAAAUAUGGAUGGCAUCAACUUCUGAAAGUGUACAAAAUCCCUUCGGAAGUGCAUUGAACCACAUUCAAAUCUUUGUUGAAGCCUGUAUUUUUGGGCCUGUUUUCAGGAGAGAUCAGAGAUUGAUGCAAGAUGUAAACAGUUAUGUAGAACAGCUUGGAGAAGAUUGUGCUGCAAACAUGGCUAUUACAAGAGAAAAUAGAAAUGACCAGCUACCACGAGUUUACGCAGUUAAUUUCCUGUGUAAGUUAAACCAACGUGAUGAACUGCAUAAAAUGUUUAUUGAAAAUCUUGUUCUUCAUUUGCUAAACAAGGAUGAAAUAGUUUCAGAUUCUAAAAACCGAUAUUAUGGGAAUUCCCUGCAGCACAGAAUCAAAAACAGGCUGUGGCAAAUACUACUUCUUGUUCUUCCAAAACUUGAUGAAGUAUUUUUGAUUCAAAUCCUGGACAAAGUUUACAAGGCUGGAUUUCGUAAUAAUCAACCAUCUGUGAAGUACCUUAUUGAGUGGUUUAUCAUUUUAACUCUGCAUUACUACCCUAAACAUCUUCAUAGUUUCUGGGAAUGUUUCAAUUAUGACCAAGUAAAGUCAAAAACUAGUAUAUGUACAUUUCUUUCUGUUUUAUCACAUUGUGAUGUCGUUUUGCUGAAUUCCUCUGACAAGAGUAAACAUUUGAAAAAGGCUCUUGAUGUGAUUUUAUUGUGGUGUUUCAAUCAUAAUUUUGCUGUUCGACUCUAUGCCCUUUUGGCCUUGAAAAGGGUUUGGAAUGUAUGUAAAGUCAGCUGCUCAGAAGAGGAGGGGUUUUCUUUCCUGGCUCCGGUCAUCGAGUCCUGUCUGCAACAAGUUGAAUACAUGCAAGGCUCAGGGAAUGCUAUGAAGAACUGGCAAAAAAUUCAAGAACAUUUCUUUUUUGGUAUAUUUCAUCCAAUUAAAGAUUACAGCGUAGAGACUAUAUUUUACACUUUCCCAAGACUGUCAGAUCUUGCAGAUGAUGAAUGGAUUCCAAUGUGGAAGUUUGAAAAUGCAGAGUUUCCAGUGGAUACUCAUAUAUCCCUAAAUAAUCCUCAAGACAGCUUGACUAAUCUAGUUGCUGGGGAUUGGAUUCAGCAAGACAAAGCUGAAACUGACACUGACAAUCAGUGGACAGAUUUGCAAAAGAAAAUGGUCCCAUGGAAAAACAGCAUUCCUGAGCAGGAUCUGGAAAUGAUCUACCAUGAACGGGCAGCAAAGCUCGGAAAGUCCAGCAGUGCCCUCAUUGUGGUGGCCUCUCUGAUUGACAAACCAACCAAUCUGGGAGGUUUGUGUAGGACAUGUGAAAUAUUUGCUGCCUCUUCAUUGGUUCUUAGUGGCAUGCAUUAUGUCACUGAUAAGCAGUUCCAAGCUCUCAGUGUUUCUGCUGAACACUGGCUUCCUCUUUUAGAGGUAAAACCACCUCAGCUGAUUAAUUACCUGCUCCAGAAAAAGGCCGAAGGCUACACUGUGGUUGGUGUUGAACAGACCGUUAACAGCCAAAGUCUAUCUGAUUACACAUUUCCUGAAAAGACCUUGCUUCUCUUAGGCAAUGAGCGUGAAGGUAUUCCAGCCAACCUGCUUCAGCAUUUGGACACUUGUAUUGAAGUCCCACAGCUCGGAGUCACUCGUUCCCUCAAUGUACACGUUACUGGAGCUCUGCUAAUCUGGCAGUACACUCACCAGCAGAUUCUGAAGCAGAAACAGAAGCAUUUAUGAUGGAGAAGUAAGCGGGUUUUUCUUUCUUUUUUUUUUUAUUUAACUUUCACGGUGUGAAAAUCAAUUACACUAAAAGUAGGUGAUGCCUAUUUUUAUUUGUUGCUUGUUUCUGCUUGUAAUGAAUCUUUCUAAAACUUUGAUACUAAAUCACAUUGAUUGACAAAUAAUUGACAAUGUUCAGCUGUAAAGCUAAAGAAACCAUUAUUUAUAUUUUUGUACACGGAUGUUACAAACUUAUUGUUACUUGGGAAUCUCCUUGUAUAUAUUCUGUAUACACAUAUGUAUGUA